UACCAUGGAUCCAGCCCUACUAAGAGACAGGGAGCUCUUUAAAAAGCGAGCCUUGACCACACCAGCUGUGGAAAAACGUCCAAGUGCUUCUUCAGAGUCUUCAAAGAAAAAGAGAGCCAAACUUGAACCUAGUGGCACUUCGGGAUCCAAGCCAAGCUUAGAUGGCAGCAAUGGGUCAUUUAAUCUCAAGAGCCUUUCUGGGAGUUCUGGAUAUAAGUUUGGGGUCCUCGCUAAGAUUGUUAACUAUAUGAAGACUCGGCACCAGCGAGGAGACACUCAUCCACUAACACUGGAUGAAAUUUUGGAUGAAACACAACAUCUUGACAUUGGUAUCAAACAGAAACAAUGGCUCAUGUCUGAGGCUUUGGUGAACAAUCCCAAAAUUGAGAUUAUUGAUGGUAAAUAUGCCUUUAAGCCAAAGUACAACUUGAAAGACAAGAAGGCUCUUCUGAGGCUACUAGACAAACAUGACCAACGAGGCCUUGGUGGGAUUCUGCUUGAAGAUAUAGAGGAAGGGCUUCCUAAUUCCCAGAAAGCCAUAAAGGCACUGGGCGAUCAAAUUGUAUUUGUAACACGGCCGGACAAAAAGAAAAUCCUUUUCUACAAUGACAAAAGCUGCCAGUUUACCGUAGAUGAAGAAUUUCAGAAGUUAUGGAGGAGUGUCCCAGUAGAUUCCAUGGACGAUGAGAAGAUUGAAGAAUACCUAAAAAGGCAGGGAAUUUCUUCAAUGCAAGACUCUGGACCAAAGAAAAUUAUUCCAGUGCAGAAGAGGAAGAAAACUACUUCACAGAGAAGGAGGUUUAAGACUCAUAACGACCACUUGGCGGGAGUGCUGAAAGAUUAUACAGAUGGUGCUCCAGGCAAAUCAUAAAAGCAUCAAUUGGACUAAGGAUGUUUACAGAGUAUCUUCACUGCAGGAUCUCCUUAGCUGCUCAUCAACUCCAAACCUUGAUAGUUACCUAAUAUUUCCCCUCACAGACUCAAAAAUCCAGAAUUACAUUCUCUGGGUGUUAAAGAGACCAUUUAUUUCUGUCUUAGGAGUAUUAAAGAAUCAAAUGUACUAUACAUUAGCUAAAAAAAUAUCCUAGAGCUGCCAUGUCUCUGCCAGACACAGACCGAUUGGCAGUUUGUGGAAGCCGAAUAUUGUGCUGGUUUUGCUCUGCUUAAUUCUGUUCAUUCUGAUCCCCUUGUUGCUCAGAUAAAUAUGUCUCCAGCAUCUGAUUUAAUGAGUUUUGUGUUUAUUGUAUUUAAAGGGCAAUUGUGCUAUUUCAAUAGCAAAAAUAACUCUUUCUUUUGUUAGCCAACAUAAAAACUUUUACGUACAAAAUGGUUAAACCACUUUUUUUCUUUUGUUUUAAUGUAAUAAAGAUUGUUUUCUUUUGAACCUUCUAUAAACUUGUCUAAAUUGGCACAUACGUAAUGUACCAUAGCAAAAAGUGAACAGAAAUGAUAUAAAGAACAGUGGUUCAAAUUUGAUUUUGCAAAAUCCUGAAUAAUAUAUAUUUUUAAAAUAAAUAGUUGCACACCUUUUUGGAA